UAGUGGGAUCAGCCGGAGGUGUCCUGUGAUCGGUGAGUCCACAUUUAGUCCUAGUAUUGUCUGUAGUGGGAUCAGCCGGAGGUGUCCUGUGAUCAGUGAGUCCACAUUUAGUCCUGGUAUUGUCUGUAGUGGGAUCAGCCGGAGGUGUCCUGUGAUCGGGAUCAAUAUGGGCUCUAAGUUGUCAGUAGAUGAGUCAGUGCAAGUUGUCAUCGUGGGUGGAGGAUUCGCUGGCAUAGCAGCGGCCAACCAGCUAAAGUCCUCUGGAAUUCCUUUUGUUUUGGUGGAUAUCAGAGAUGCCUUCCAUCACAAUGUGGCUGCCCUCCGUGCUUCUGUAGAAAGUGGUUUUGCAAGAAAAACUUUCAUCUCUUAUAAAGAUUCAUACCAAGGCAACUUUAAACAAGGACGAGUGGUGGGAAUAAACCUGCAAAACAACAUUGUUGUGCUAGAAAACAAUGAGGAGAUACAUUUUUCCCAUCUCAUCAUUGCAACUGGAAGUGAUGGUCCUUUCCCUGGAAAAUUCAAUACAUUUGCCACGAGGGAAAUGGCCAUUCAGAUUUAUGAGGAUCUUGUAAAGCAGGUUCAAAAUGCUAAACAUGUUGUUGUUGUUGGUGGAGGUUCAGCUGGCGUUGAGAUGGCUGCAGAGCUGAAAACUGACUAUCCUGACAAAGAGGUGACAUUGAUACACUCAAGAGUUGCUUUAGCAGAUGUGGAGCUGCUUCCACGUGUAAGGCAAACUAUAAAGGAAAUCCUUUUACAAAAAGGAGUUAGGCUAGUUUUAGGACAGCGGGUUUCCAACCUGGAUGAACUAACCUUAAACACGGUUCAGGAGAAUAUGAAGCUGCAGUUAGACAAGGAUUCGGAGGUGAUCACUGCAGACCUGGUCCUCUGUUGCACAGGAUUGAAGAUUAAUUCCUCUUGUUACGUUGAUGCUUUCGGUGAUAAAGUGGCAAGCGAUGGAGCUCUGAAAGUGAAUGAUCAUCUUCAAGUGGAAGGACAUAAUAAUAUUUAUGCAGUUGGAGACUGUGCUGAUUUAAGGGGUCCUAAAAUGGCUUAUCUAGCAGGGUUACAUGCCCAGUUAGCAGUAACAAACAUCAUCCACAGUCUUAUGAAGAAACCGCUCAAGACCUAUAAAGCAGGUCCUGUCAGUAUGCUACUAUCUAUGGGUCGAAAUGAUGGUACCGGUCAGUUCAAUGGUCACUAUAUGGGACGUUAUUGUGUCACUUUACUAAAAAGCCGAGAUUUGUUUGUUUCGAAAAGCUGGAAGGAAAUGGGACAGAAGAUGCCCAAAUAAGUGUUGUUUUUAUAAUAUAUUUUUUAAGACUGCUACCUCAAUGUAACAAUUUAUUACUGUACAGAACAGAAACUAUAAAAAUAAAAUAGUAACUUUGAUGUGUUUUUUCAAAUUUUUUUUAGCCUUUUUAUUAAAGUGGUACUCCGGCCCUAGGACAUCUUAUCCCCGAUCUAUGCCCCCUCCCAUAGACUUGCAUAGCGGGGGCGGGGUGUGACAUCACUCGGGGGCGGAGUCGUGAUAUCACGAUACUCUGGCCCCGUGGUCGUCAUACGGCAGAUUCUGAGCUGGCAGCUCCCAGAGGUGGGUACUGAAUGCUUGCGGGGGUCCCCAGUUGCAGGACCCCAGUGGUCAUACAUCUUAUCUAUCCUUUGGAUAGGGGAUACGAUGUCUUGGGGCCUGAGUACCCCUUUAAUAGGUAUAAGCAAACAGGAAAAUCAGUAUACAAUAAUGCCCCUCAAUAAUGCAACCUAUUUUGGCCUAAAAUUUAAAAUAUAUCUUUUUUUUUUUUUUAUUUCCCUUGUGUGAACAGGUACUUGUGUUUAAAAGUAUAACUUGGCUGUGAAUCCGUUUCAGGUAUUCGGUUUAUCCAAAUCCAGAUCGGAUUUUCCAUUUCUUUGAUGUCAUGGACAUGUGACUAAGCUUUUAGUAUUUAUAUGUGUCUUAUGCAAUGUCUUGUUACUCUAUAACUAAGUGCGAAAGCGUGAAAUGCGUCAGUUUUUAUCGUGUAUAUGCAAGUUUUCCAAUAAAGAAAUACCCUG